AUGGCAGCCAAUUCCGACGGCUGCGACGCGACGCCCAGGACGCAGUUUUUACGGAUCUCAGACCAGCCUCCAAGCGGGGAAGCCGCAGGACCGAAGAGGCAACUUUGGCACGGUAAAGUCCUUUCCUCGCCCCUGAAAAGACUCGUGACAGGCUUUAGGCAGGUCUCUCAACGUUGUUGUGAAUGGACGGGGGCCCCUUGGGUAUUACUGAGGGUUUCUGUCUACUAGUAUAUUUCUGCUUGAAAUGAAUCAGGGUGCCCGGGGGGGGGGGUAUGAAGGAACAGUGAAAUCGCUUUCCAGGCGAUGCACCUGCCAAGGAUGAAGGUGAAUGGAAGAAGUUUGCAUUUGUGCAGACGCUACGACCACCGGGUGGGUGGGUGUUUCUGUGUUUUCCCCUCCGUUAGAUAUUUUUUUUCAAAGACAACACUGGGCGAAAGGGAGCUGGAAGAGACAGAACCCAAAGAAGUGGGUUUGUGAAUAACUGAAUUAAUAUUCUCCCUCCCUUAAUCCUCAUUGUUCGCUAUAUUUGGAGAGCUUACUUAGGGGGAUAAAGUACCGAGCUUGGGAGCCCGAGUCCCUUCGUGGUCGGGUUUCCAAUCGCUUCUCUCUUUUUCCGAGGGGGUCUAAAACAUGGGUGUCCUCGGGAAGGUAGCCCAGGGCCCCACUCAGCAGAAUGGGCAGGGCUGGAUUUAAAGCGGUAGAGGUAUGGGUGGGUGUAGGCGUAAGACCACCCAAAUCAGAGCUUGAAGAAAAACCCCACCCUAUAAAGACAGGUUGCGAAUCCAAAUACCGUAGUUGCCGUCGAUGAUAGAGGCGGAGGGAUAUUAAACCUGCAAUUUUGCGAACACUUCGACCAAGCCCAAUUUUAUUCCCUAGGGUUUAUUUCCGAGUAGACAAGCAUAGGAUUGCGCUGUAAAAAAAAAAAAAAAAGGAACGAAGGAGGAAUUUUCCAGAAGGGUUAAAAAAAAUAAAUGAGAAUAUAGUAUUUCGCGAUGCAAAAGAUUUUAGCUGUGUUUGAGGGAGAGACAAAGAGAGACUUUGGCUUCUGAAUAUAAUUUUGGGUUAAGGGUGUAAUUUCUUAAUAGGUUUAAACAGAGAUGCUUAAAAAUCGAAAUCAGGUUGCUGCUUCCAAGUCCUGGAGUUCGAUUUUGAACCGCACCUCGGACGAAUCCUCCAUGUCCUGGGUGCCCAUUCUAGAAAAGAUGUCAAAUUACAAAUCCUUUAAAAUUGCCAUAUUCCAGGGUGGGGAAAAUCAAUAAAGUGGGGUAGAAAAUCCAGGCGUUGUGCAGUGUUGAAAAAAAAAACCCAAAUAACUACUGUACCCCGCCCCAUAGAAUCACUUUCGAGGUGCGCGCAACGUUGGUGCAACGGCGCGCCCCGGAGAUAGCUAACCCGAGCAAUGUGUGUGUGGAGUCCCCUAUUUGAUCACAGACCUAAAGAUCCGGGUAAGAGAUAAGCAGCCACUCCCACAAAUUCAUUCACAAAUUCUCCUUCGAGAGGGGGGAGUCGGGGGGAGCCCCCCGCGCCCUACUUGGCGGCCCCCUGCUCAGAGUUAAAACUCGUCCGUCGAGCGCUUUAAAGCCCCAGGAGCGCUUGGGAAAGAAAGCCAGGCAAAUCCCGCCUAAAGCCCCGCGGAUCGCGAAAUGCGUGGCCUGCUUAAUACCCUCCUCAUAAUCCGUGUCUAUAAAUGUGCCCUAAAGGGCUCCGGGGUCUAAAAGGGAAGCCGCGGCGGCGGCGGCGGCCUGAUGGUGGGCGGGGUCGCGGCGGCGGCGGCGGGACCAGCCCCAAGAGCCCCUCCCUCCCGCUCCGCCUGGUGUUCCUUCUCCUCCUCCCUUCACACGCCCCGGCACAGACCCGAGCGCGAAGCGAGCGUCCGGGCUGGCAACUGGCGAGGCCCCCGCUGGGAGCGCGCGCCUGGGGAGCUGGCCUGACACCCCUCGCAGCGGCCAAGCCGAGAGGAGCGAGGGCUCCAGCCUCUGGGAAGCAGCCUCUACUUUCUCUCCCCGGCGCGGCAACCGCGACACGUGCCUUUGGCGCGCCCGCAAGCAGCGGCGACCAACCCGCCGACCAGAGCGGCCUCGCGCUCGCGGGGCUCGGCGUGUUGUCCCUCCGCUCGAGCUCCAGGCUGCGCGGCCAGUGCCAGCCCCACGAUGAGGCGGGAGCUGAGGGCGGGAAGGGGCAGCAGCAGCAGCAGCAGCAGCAGCAGGAGCUAACCGCCGAGCGCUGCCUCCGCCGCCUCGCUCUCUUUCCCCUCAGGAGGCCGAGAGAUGCAAGGGGCCAAGCCAUGCCGCCGCCGCUACCACGCGCUGCCUGCCCUCUUCUUCUUCCUGCUCUUCACCUCAGGACGGGCGCCCAGAGCCGAGGGCGCCGCCGCCGCCGCCAAGAACAAGACCCGGGACCUCCAGAGCCCGGCGGCGGCGGACAGGAAGGCGCUGCUGGAACUCUUGCUCAAAGCCCUUCGCGAGAGGGGCAGCGGCCACAGCCGCCCUCAGCACCAGGCGCCUUUUCACCCGUUGGGGGCGGAACGGGUCAUUGCUCGGCGCUACACGACCGGCGGCGCCCUUUACUCCUCCGCCUCGGUGGAUCGAGAAGCCAGAGUGAUCUCGUCGUCGUCCUCCUCCAGGGAGCGAGCGGGCGCGCAGGCACCCCGGUUCUUCACUUCUUCCAGGCAUUCAGGUAAGCGGAGAACAGCCUAACCCCAAACGGGUCUCGCCCUUCCUGCCCCAUCGCAGCUUGAGUCAGAGCUCCUUUGCAGGGGGCAGGGGAAAGAACACGACUGUCGCUGUCCAUGUGCAAAGCGCCACCCCCCCACCCAGUUGCUACCUGGGACUGAGAUCUCAAGGCUUGGAUUCCAGGUAAGCUUGAAUGAGCCUCCGCCUUCCCUUGAUGAUGCGCGCCUCCUCAACGCGAUGGUGCUAUCUUCUGCUUUCCUCAUCUCUAGUAGUUUCGCAUAGUAAAGGAGAAGGCUUUAAAAUAGGACCAUCCCUGCUCACCGCUCUUACAUUGAUGCAGUGGUCAUCGUUUGAACUCAGGACAGAAGGUUUACCCUCUGGUUUACUUUGACCUAAUGACUUCAAAAUGACUUUGAAAUCAGUGCUGCUUUUAACUUUACUUCCAGAUGACUGUUAGAAAUGUAAACAGCCAGGCUGACUUGAUGCUUCCCAAACAUAUUGCAAGUGGUAGCUGGGUUUUAGGCCAUUUUAAAAUGCAAAUUAACCUGUUGCUUUGCUUACCGUCGCUCAUGGUUUCGGUGUGUUCCCUUGCUGCUCCGGCUGUUCUGACAAGCCUUAUUUCUCUGUCUGGCUCUCCACAGCCCUGGUUUUGUUGUGUCUAGUACAGAGCGUGGUGUUUGAUCCUCAGCAGAUCUCCCUAACUUUCCCUGCCUUGUCCUGAAAAGUUCCAGGGUAUGCAAGGCUCAUUCACUUUCAGGCUCUCCAAGUGCCUAUUGAGCUGUUAAUUGGUACAGGUCUUCUGAGGCUAAAACCUCAAGGCACCAGCCUUCCAGCUUUAUGUACAUAGCAGCCGGAGUUCCAGGAGAGUCUGCUGUUGUCUUUCGUUGUGGAGGCAAAUAGACCCCAAAGAAAUCCUUUUUGCAAUCAUAAAGGGAGAAGCAACACUGGCUCUUGGCAUUUCUGUUCUCUGUGUUCCCUGGCAGAAGGCACCCAUCUCCUGCACUGGCUUAGUUUUUAAAAGGUGGAGGUUUCUUUCAUGUGUUCUCAGAUCAUAACCUGGCCCCUGGCAUUUAUUACUUCCAUUUUGCUUCUGGCUCCACGUUGAUCAAGAUAAAAAAUGUAUCUGUUGUUUAGAAAGUGUGUGUUUCCACCCAACUAUUCUGGUUACUCUUUUUAACACUGAGAAAGAGGCAAAGCCUUCCUAAACAACUAUAGUUAACAUUUUUUAGGGGCAAAACACAGUUGACACCAACCCACCACAUUCCUAGAUUUUUAGACAGAGGAAGUGAUUAAGUAAGUACUUAGUUUUAGUGGCGGCUUUUGUCAAACUUUUCCAUCUUGAUAAUUUCUUUUCUCUUUUAGUGCCUAAGUGGCUGGAAGUGGAAAGUGAUGGUUUGCAAAUAAGAGGCACAAUGCACAGAAUGCUAGGUGUACCCAAGUCCCACUAAAAUACAUCAAAUGAAGGCAGUGGAUUUGAUCCAACGGACGGCUUGUGUAAACUGAAGGAGCUCCUGCUCACCAGACAAGGCUGUCCUUAUUUUGGCUGGUCCUCCUCCAGCUGUGACCACCCCAGGUCUCAUAUCACACCAUUCCUAAGGGUCUUUGGAUGUCAGGAUCGGGAGGCUGCAAUGAGAUGGAGGCAACAAACUCCAUCUGGAGUUCAUAGGACCCAGCAUAGAGUGAUUUAUGUGAUUUUUUGCUUCAGUUCUGACUCAUUGGAACAUACAUGAGUCUGUCUUUGGAUUGUACCCGAAGACAAUAGUCAUUUUCUUUCCCAAGAGCUGCAUCUACAUGAGGACAAAUCUGUGUGAGUUCAGUUGUACAUUGUAUAGUCGUCAAUGCAUAACUGAUAUAUCUGGUCUGUACAAUGCCUUUGGGAAGUUUUCUGUCAGAUGCAAGCAAGUGAGCCAUCUGCACUGUAGGCAAGGUGCUUUGGCUGUACAGUGGUACUUUGGGUUACAGACGCUUCAGGUUACAGACUCCGCUAACCCAGAAUAGUACCUCGGGUUAAGAACUUUGCUUCAGGAUGAGAACAGAAAUCGUGCUCCGGCGGCACAGCAGCAGCGGGAGGCCCCAUUAGCUAAAGUGGUGCUUCAGGUUAAGAACAGUUUCAGGUUAAGAAUGGACCUCCAGAACAAAUCAAGUUCUUAACCCGAGGUAGCACUGUUAGUAGAGGUGCAGCCACUGAUGUAAAUUAAAAAAUGGAUGCACAUUUUAAUUACAUAUACUUAUUCCACCUUUUUUUUCGUUGCUAAAGUAAUUUAAUUAUUGUUAAAUUCCCAGAUAUGUUCAACAGGUACAGAAGAGUUUGUUUUUAAGUGAUAUAAAACUCAUUAAAGUUUUUCUUUUCUGGAGAUAAACUAUAGAGAAGCUAAUACAACUUACACUUUCAUGGCCUUAUGCAGUUUACACAAAGAUGGCUGAAUUUGUAUAUUUUGCUAAUACAGCGAAAUAUUAAAAAUCUCAUGAUAUUCUAAGAUACCAUGCUCACAAAAGCACAUUUCCUUUCCCAGUAAGUCCAAGGCCCUCUGACACUGCUUUUACCAUUAUGCUUGGCAUGAAGCUGCUACUCAAGAGCCACAGCAUUCAAGUAAAAUUUGACAAAUGUUAAGUAAGUUUAGUCAUAAAUUACCACUAUCAUCUGGUAGAAUAUUUUCUGCAAACACACACACAAUCAAUAUCACAGAAAUGGUUACGUCCAAAUAUGAAAUUUUAUAUAACAACCUAUCAUUGAAGGAAUGCUCAGUUUCAAUUGCCAAUAAAUUGCUUUUUCUUUUUACUUAUUCCACAUUUUUAGUUGAUUACAUAUUAUCUACUCUGUAUGCCUUUUAGUUUGUCCUUUUUCUGAUAUAAUAUCAGGAAGAUAGUAAGAGACAUAAUCAGCUCAUCGAGCUAAAUUAGCAUAAACAUGGCAUGAAGAAACUAUGGAUUUUGACAAUUAUUUGUGAGUUAUUACAAUUGAGAUUAGAAGCCAUUGUUUUUAAACAACUUCCAUUAUUUUAUAUGUGAAGAUUUCAGGCUACAAUGAGAAAUUACAACAAUUGGCCAUUGAUGAAGAACAAUUCAUUAGAUCGUUGGAGGCUGCAGAGUGGAGGGGAAACUGCUGAGAAUUGCCACUCUGGCUUUUUCUGCUGACAAAUAGCUUCCAUUUUCAGACAGACAACAUUGGUCACCACCUAUAUGUACAGUAUUACACUGGGUUUCCAAUUUCAUUCCAUUUAACUUUAGAAUUGUUCUGGAAUGUUUACCGAUCUCAUGCUUUUAUCUUCAAACAGCACAUGUUCAACCUUUUUUUCCUUUGUUUUAAAGAAAGGACUACUUGGAUAUAUAGUGUGUACUAGAAAAGUCUUCAAAGAUUGUGAGUGGCAUAAAUCUGAAACCACUAUUUUAUUCUUUAAUCAAAGUUUAUAUUGGAGCAGCUAAAUGAACUCCUGUAAUGUGACCUUUUCAUGUACAUCAGGGGCUCCCAUUCGGGUGGUCCAUGGCAUGUCUUUGGAUUUAUGGCUGAAGACCACAAGUGGUGCAUCCAUUGCAUUAAAUAUCUGUCCAGUAUUGAUUUUUAAUUGUAUUUUUAUUGCUUCUUUUAUUUAUUUUCUUUUAUUGCAAUUUGAAUUCCACAGAAUUCAAAGGAGCAAUAUAAAUAAAAUAAAAAGCCACAAUUUUUUUUGCUCAUUGACCUCUCAGCUCCACCUUUCUAACUGGUCCUAUGCAUGAAAUAGGUAGCAUACCUGAGGAAGCUACAGCAGAGGCCCUGGAUUUCAGUUUUCUACAUAUCAACCUAAAUUUUGGUUCUAGAACCACAUUUUAUUUGUUCCUGUCAUUGAUGUUGACAUGUGGAAUGACUGCUGAUGCCUCCCUAGCUUUAUCUGCCAACCUAUCUAGAUGAAGUAUGAUAUCUGUUACCUUCAUGCCAGGCAUGCAGGAACAUCAUUGUGCCAUCUCCAUGGCCAUGACAAAUCCAGCUGUCUGUUUCCAUUAUAAUCAGAUCACUCACUAUCAGUAGAACCUGGGUCCCUGGUGGUGGAUUCCUGGCACAAGAGGAUAGUUGUUUGUUCCCUCAUGGAUAGUUCCUCUCUGAUUCUCAUUCUCUGUGACAAUAGAGUCCAUGGUAAUGAAAUGCUUUUGGCAUGUCUUUAAAGACCUCAUCCACAAACUUCUCUGCCUCUCUGUUUCUCCAGGUUGACUACUUUGGCCUUAAGGGAUCAAACUUGUUCCCUGAGAGGCAAGAAUUCAUUGCACUAAUUACACUCUCAAGGCUUCUGUCCAGCAGGUACAUGUGCCAUUCUGUGCAACACACGUGAUACAAUGGCUUUUUGUUGUUCACUUGAGAAUUUGUAAUUUGUAAUAUUACAUUUUUAAUUGUAAUAUUAAAAUGGGAAAGAGUGGACUGUCUGUACCAGUCUCCUCACCCUGUUGCUAAACUCACACAGGUGCCCAAUUUGCUUGUUUGUUUUUCUUUGAUACUUUUUCUCAGUGGGUUUGAGGCAUUUUCUCAUCGGGGGCUUCCUCUCCUGCAGUUUAUCUUGCUUGCAUGAUUCCUUGCCCAUCUGCCCCACCCAAUUGUAUGACAUACCUUAUCGACAAUAUGCAACAAAAUCCUUUGCUUUCAAAAACAAUGAAGAAUUUUGUGGUACUUUAAAGACUAGCACAUCUGGUAUGAGAUAACCUGGUAUGGAUGGGAGUGCAAUUCAUCAUAUGCAACACUUCAUCACAUAUCUGAUGAAGUGGACUCUCGUUUAUGAAAUCUAAUGCUACAACAAAUCUGUUAGUCUUUAACUGUAUAUAGUUUGUGGAUUUACUAUGCCAUACUUCAUUGCCCAUUCCUGCCAACAUGAAUUCUAGCAAGCGUAGUAUUUUUUUAAAAAAUGAUAUUUAUUAAAGUUUCACAUGAAAAGAAUCACAUUAAUAAAAAAGAAGAAUUUAAGAAUAAAAAGAAAAAUACACAAUACAAAAUACAAAAAGAAAAAAGAAAAAAUAGUUAAAAACAAUUCCGUCUUUUCAUCACUUCUUUUACAUUUACUUGUUUCCCGGACCUCCUCAUACCUCCCUCUUUUGUAUUCCAAUUCAGUUUGUUAGUCCAGCAAUUUCUUUCCCUCCUUUUUAAUCCCAAUCUUUAAUCUUAAUAUAUUAUAACAUUAAAUUUUUACCUAUUAAAAACCAAUUUUUUCAUUCUUUUAACCUUUUUAAUCCUAAUCCUUAAUCUUGAUAUAUUAUAACUUUAAAUUUUACCUUUUACAUAUUAAAAACCAAAUUUUCCAUGUUUUUUUUGUGUGUGCCUGUGCAGCUAGAGGCCACUUAACUUCAAUCCAACAUCACUCUAACAUUCAUUAAUUUUGCAAUAUUUCUGUAAAUAAUCUUUGAAUUUCUUCCAAUCUUCUUCCACCGACUCUUCUCCCUGGUCACGGAUUCUGCCAGUCAUUUCCGCCAAUUCCAUGUAGUCCAUCAUUUUCAUCUGCCAUUCCUCCAGUGUGGGUAGAUCUUGUGUCUUCCAAUACUUUGCGAUGAGUAUUCUUGCUGCUGUUGUAGCAUACAUAAAAAAAGUUCUGUCCUUCUUUGGCACCAAUUGGCCGACAAUGCCCAAAAGAAAGGCCUCUGGUUUCUUCAGGAAGGUAUAUUUAAAUACCUUUUUCAAUUCAUUAUAUAUCAUUUCCCAGAAAGCCUUAAUCUUUGGGCACGUCCACCAAAGGUGAAAGAAUGUACCUUCAGUUUCUUUACAUUUCCAGCAUUUAUUAUCGGGCAAAUGAUAGAUUUUUGCAAGCUUGACUGGGGUCAUGUACCACCUGUAUAUCAUUUUCAUAAUAUUCUCUCUUAGGGCAUUACAUGCCGUAAACUUCAUACCUGUGGUCCAUAACUGUUCCCAGUCAGCAAACAUGAUGUUAUGUCCAACAUCUUGUGCCCAUUUAAUCAUAGCAGAUUUCACCGUUUCAUCCUGAGUAUUCCAUUUCAGCAGCAAGUUAUACAUUCUUGACAAAUUCUUAGUUUUGGGUUCUAACAGUUCUGUUUCUAAUUUUGAUUUUUCCACCUGGAAACCAAUUUUCUUAUCCAAAUUGUAUGCCUCCAUUAUCUGAUAAUAAUGAAGCCAGUCUCGCACUUUGUUUUUUAGUUUUUCAAAACUCUGCAAUUUCAAUCUGUCUCCAUCUUGUUCCAAAAUUUCCCAAUAUUUUGGCCAAUUGGCCUCCAUAUUGAGCUUUUUCAAGGCUUUCGCUUCCAUUGGUGACAGCCACCUUGGAGUUUUGUUUUCCAAUAAAUCCUUGUAUCUUAUCCAAACAUUAAACAGUGCUUUCCUGACAAUAUGGUUUUUAAAUGCUUUAUGUGCUUUGACCUUGUCAUACCACAGAUAUGCAUGCCAUCCAAAUACGUUGUUAAAGCCUUCUAAAUCCAAAAUGUCAGUGUUUUCAAGAAGCAGCCAUUCUUUCAACCAGCAAAAAGCUGCUGAUUCAUAGUAAAGUUUAAGGUCUGGCAGGGCAAAUCCACCUCUAUCCUUUACAUCUGUUAGUAUUUUAAAUUUUAUUCUGGGCUUCUUGCCCUGCCAGACAAAACUAGAAAUAUCUCUCUGCCACCUCUUGAAACAGUCCAUUUUGUCCACGUAGUAUUUUUCAUCCUCUUUAUUCAUUGACCAGAAGGUUUUUUAAAAACAAAAACAAAAAGUUCUUCUCACAGUAAGUUGAAGACAUUUCCAUUCCAAAGCAAAAAAACCUUCUUGGUGUGCUUGGUUGAUAUUUCUGACUCUGGAUGGAACUGCCUUCAGUUCACUCUGAUAAGCUAUCUCAUUUGCCACAUUUCCUGUAAAAAUGGUGGGCCCAUGCAUGACCAGAGGUCUUGACUGCACAGAGCUGAAAACUUGGGGAAAGCCCUCUGCUUUUGCAGAAAUGCUCGGCUGCCAUAUCCUUCCCAUCCCAUUGCCCCUCAUAAGUUUGGGAAAAAUACAGUAAAGGAGAUGAUGAUAGAAAUUGGCAGAUGAAAGAGCUGGUGGGUCUUGUCAUGCAUUGGAGAAUUUUUAUCAUAAGCUGAAUACUUUUCUAAGCAUUCUCAAGGCUUGGGGGAAACCCAAACCAAUUCUGAAUUGAAAUGAUUAAUUGCAUGCGGAUGCCCCACCAAUGAUUAAGAAUUGUAAAGCAUGGUGUAUUCUGAAGUUUGCUAUUCUGUGAAACAUACAAUUGGUAGUGUAUAGUUAUACUUCUUAGGUUCCUUAGUUACUCUUUAUUUUCCCUGAUGACUCUCUUAAAUUAAUAGCCCUAAAACCACAGAGGUGGUGUCUACUUGAUAGAAACUGUGAGAAGGUAAUCACAUGUUUUAGAAAAAGGAGCACAAAUGUAUAUUCUUUUGAUGCUUGAAUCACAGCACCUGUUGUUUUUCUUGAAUUCCCAUAGUAUGAGUCUUAUUAAAUAGUUAUUGAGUUGCUUCUUGCUUUGAUUUCCCUUACUAUGACUGAGACCUAAUUUAUUUGCCCUACUUUUAUAAUGUCAGUUUCGAACUGUGGGGCUGACAUGCUAUCCCUCAUUUCACUGGCAAACAUCCCAGUCCAGCAAAAUAUACUACAAGCAAGCAUAGCAGAUACUAAUUGGACUAAUGGCUUCAAACUAAAUCUCUCACAGUUCAGUUCCUAAAUAAGCAACUGACCCAAUAUGUGUAGGUUUCUUGCUGAUAGAAGGUUUUAAAUUGAGAGAAAACAUAACAUUUUUCAUCAUCUGAUAUGCUGGACAGUGGUUUGCAUAAAUAAAUGCAUCAAUCAUCCUUUAUUUCUCUUGCCUUUCUGACUCUGCUCUAACUUCGUUUGUUGUUAUUUUUGCCUCCUCUGUGUCUCAUAUCCUCAGGGGUAGCUUGGGGGGCAUGGGAAGCUGCAGUGAGUUGGGGAAACAGCAAAAAACUGGGAGCCCCACCUUGCAGAAGCAGAAAUGCUUAGUGCUUACUCAAAGCCACCACUGGAUACAACCCAAUAAUAGUAGUCUUAACAAUAAUAUGAAACAUUUGGACCAUAAGGUCCGUUGCUCAAAUUACAAGGGAACCAGAAGGAGCUUGGGUCACUUAACUUUUGUGGAGACUUCCUUAGUUACCAUUCACUAUUUAUGGGGUGGGUGCUUGAUGAUUUGAUUAACAUUGGAAUAAGCAAUAACCACUGAGUGCAAAUGCACCUGCACUGGAUACUAGAGUCUCAAGGCAGAGAAAAUGAAACAGAUGCAGAACAAAGUGUUAUUAAAUGUCACAUACAAUUUUGGACACUGGGUGCCAGUGACUACAUCAAAAGAUACAGUGAUAACGGGGGGGGGGGGGGGAGAAUAGAUUCAGGCAGUAAUAUUUGCCUUUGAAACAGGAGAUAUAAUCAGAGCAGCAGCCAGAUAUGCAUUCAUGGAUUGCACUCCCUCACUUGGAUUUGAUGCAAAGGAAAGACAAGUAUUGGAGUCAUAGAAUUCUGAUGAUCCCAUACUUCACUCUCCCUCUGCCCCAUUGAUUUCAUGCAGAUGAGAGGUGGGUAAUCAUUUGGCUACAUGAGCAACAUCCUUCUCAAGAUCUGCCUCCUAGGUCAAAUUUGAUAAGUGUUUAGUGUCUUUCUGGCAUCUGUAUCGGGGGGACAAGGGAGGAGUGUACCUUUGGGGGUGAAGACAAACUGUUGGAAGGUUGAAGUCCCUGCUGUGGCUGUAGAGACUGAUACGGAAAAGACAUGUUUUGUUGCUGGUGGGGCAGAUGAAGGCGUCCGGUUGUGCUGCUACAGAUGCCUCAUGGUAUUUCUUCACUCUGCACUCUUCCCAGUGGUCAUACACUGUGGUUUUCAAGCCUCCCUGCAGUGCCAUUUAAAUUUUUCAGUUGCAAAGGCUUAGAAAGGAAGUGGAGGGAACCAAAGUCUCCCCAUGCUUCCAUUUCAAGCCUCCAGAAUCAGGAACUCAUAGGGAGUGGAGAAACUUGUAGAAGACUUAAAAAUAGCCCCUAUGUUCUCAUUUGAGCCUCCAGAGGCUCAAACGGGAGUAUAGGGGCUACAUUACUUUGUGGAAGCUUCUUUAAAGCAUCUGUCACAUGCAAGGUGCUUCAAAGGGUGCGUUUGCACAGGGCUUUUAUCCUCGCUCAGUGGAUGACAGCCUGUGCAGGAUUAAAUCCUGUCCUUCUGCCCAUCAUCUGAUGGGCAGGGAAGCAUGGGUUCAGGAAAAAGGUCUCACAAGCCCAAUUGGAUCCCCUGGUGAGCCAAGACUGGCCCAUGGGCUAGAGGUUCUCAACCUCAGUGUACAUGUUAAAAGGCAUGGGGGACAAAAUUGAAGCUAAAAAGUCUACUCUCAUGGAAAGGAUGAAAAAAUUGAUUAUUACCACCACCAUCACCACUGCUACUACUACUAUUAAUUGCUUAUACCCCUCCCACCCAACUGGGAUGCCCCAGCUGCUCUGGGCAGCUUCCAACAUAACAUAAGCACAGUGAGACAUCAAACAUUACAAACUUUCUAAUACAGGGAGUAAGGGACGUGGGUGGUGCUGUGGGUUAAACCACAGAGCCUAGGACUUGCCGAUCAGAAGGUCGGCGGUUCGAAUCCCUGCGACGGGAUGAGCUCCCGUUGUUCGGUCCCAGGUCCUGUCAACCUAGCAGUUCGAAAGCACAUCAAAGUACAAGUAGAUAAAUAGGUACCGCUCCGGCGGGAAGGUAAACGGCGUUUCCGUGCCCUGCUCUGGUUCGCAAGAAACGGCUUAGUCAUACUGGCCACAUGACCCAGAAGCUGUAUGCCGGCUCCCUCGGCCAAUAAAGUUAGAUGAGUGCCGCAACCCCAGAGUUGGUCACGACUGGACCUAAUGGUCAGGGGUCCCUUUACCUAAUACAGGGAGUAAGUAACCUGGGAAAAAGUACAAUAAAACCUGGCGGGAAAUAGAGAUGUGCUUUGGAUAUGGAUGAAUUCCAAGCCAAGGCAGGGUGCUUCUGAGAGAUUUUGAGUUUGUCUGAGAUGAAGCAGGAUGUGUGCAAAGCUGCAUAAGUCAAAGCAGGGACCCUUGAAAUGCCCUGUUGUGCCUCAGCAAGCCAUACAUAAAAAGCAAUUAGUAAAUGUCUCCAAGCUUACCAUAUAAGGGAAAGACCAAGCUAUGGCAGGAGGAGGGAGAGGGAGCAGCUUUGCAAAAUUAAAAGACUUGUCUCUAGCUUAAGAAAAAUUACAGGCUCAAGAAGGUGGAAUUAGCUUGUAAUCAGAGGGAAUGAUUUUGCCCACUCCAGAAUCACCUAUACAGCCUGCCUAGCACAAAUGCCCUGGGUCUUAUCUGUCUGCAGUUUGGCAAGUGUCUUACUCUAGGGUAUCUCUCCCUAUCUCUUCAAUUUUCAGACCAAUUGCCCACAAAAUACUAUGGAAGUUUAAGAUAUUCCUCUUUAUAAAUCCAGAAACUAUAAUGGCUGCAAUUUCAGGAAAAUUACUACAGUUAUCCAUCUAAAAUUUGUCAGGAUUCAUGUGCUCAGAAGAUGUGACUUUGCCUGCAAAUUUCAUCCAAUUCUAACCUAAAAUAAAAAUAUCAUAUGGGAAUUUUCUUUUUUUUUUAAAAAUAAAAAAUUAAAUGUGCCUAGCACAGAUAUCCCUAUACUCAUUUGUCUGUAAUUUGGUAGGCUUUAUCUGGGUGGGUGAAAAUAUAAGAGCUUGACAUUGCUAUUGAAUUCUGGAAAAGUUACAGAUAUUCUUGGAUUUGCCAGUAGUGAAUGGAGGUGGGUGUGGAGAGAAAUGAAAUAGACAUAGACUGAACUUGAGUCAAAAUCAAGUGGCUAACAAAACACCACAGGCCAAGGUGGACUGUUUCCCAACACACCAAUUUGAGAUCUGAAUUUUGUGAUCAGUGUGUUGCCCAUAGACAAAUAAUUUUGAAGGGCAAGGUAUGCUUUUUACAAUACAUGGAAAUUAAUUAGACCCAAUCAAUAUGUAGGGAAAUAAGUGAUGGACCGAUGAACAAUUUCAUACCAGAUUUGCGGUUGAACAGAGGCCCUUGCUAUUGAACAUUUACUUUCAGGUCAUCAGUUUGAAUAAAUCUAUCUUAGAAGAAGGCCUAUGAACAAACUGUUGAAUGAGCAAAAUCAAAACAUUGAUUUUACUCAGUGCUUUAGAUAUGAACAAACAUGUAAGAGUGACAGGCCUCUCUGCCUUAAGGCAUUUUAAUCUGAUUAAGAGAAUGGCAAUAAACAAAGAAUAGAAAAUGAUCAGAUAGAAUAAGGGUUGUAUCAGCACGAGGCCACCCUUAUGUUUUUGGUGACUGUAUCUACUGAUGUAUGUUUAUCAGUGAUGGCAUUCUUGCAACACGUUCAAUUAAGUUUGGAAUGAAAUAAGCAGCAAUGUAGAUGAUUGUGUUAGAAAACUUUCCAGAAAAGGAAUAAUAUAGGGAUGGACUUAAGGGACUAAAUUAUUUUGAGAGGAUGAUAAACACCUGGUUUAAAUGUACAGUAACAUGUUAUUAAACUGAGCUACACAUGAGACAUGUGCCUGUGCAAUCCAUUCCUGCACUGCCUGUACCCUUCUCUCCAUGCCAUGAUUUAAGACUUGUUCAGAUAAUAAGUAAUGGGCUUCUGUUAUGACCAAACUGGGCCAACUAGAAACUGACACCAGCUCAUGUUUUCAAAGACUGGUUUGAUCUAAACCUGGCAACCAUGGUUGCGUGGUGAGUUUCCCCCUCCCCCCUCAGAAAUAAAGACACGAGACACAAGAAUUCAAGUUAAUGAGUCAAAUUAGGCCACAACUUUAUUGAUUACAGGAAUUGAGCGGUAUUGGCUUAGGCAUUGGUCCUAACAACUAACUGGCUUCAGCCCGCUUGCUUGAAGACUGGUGAGGGUUAACCACCAGUAGGGGCAGUCCUAAAUAGCGGGUGAGUCCUAAGCAUUUAGAGCAAAAGCAAAACAAAUAAAAACUGUUUAGUGUUCAUACUAGAUGGUUAUUAAUCAAGAUGCUCCUAGAACAAAGGCCUUCUAUGAAAAAGCUGUUUCCCCCCCUCCUUUGGAAGGAAGGGUGGGAUGUAAAUUGAAUUAAUAAUUUUGGGCAGUAGUCAACUAAGUUUAACUCAGAGUUGACCCAUUGGAAUGAAUGAAAAUGUCUAAGCCCAUUAAUUUCAGUGGGUCUAUUCUGAGUAAAAGUUAGUGGUUUGGAAAUGUGACAAAAUGCAUAUUUUUGUCAUGUCAUAGCAAAAAAGUAAAAGGAAAAAUAACAAUAAAAAGCAACAACUAUAAUACGGAUAUGUAAACUGUGGAUGCCGUCCUGGGAACUUUGAAAAAGGUUUUUAUCACUUAUCUGAUUUAGUAGAUUUCUGAAUUGGAAACAUUUAUUUGUAGACCAGGGGUCACCAACCUUUUUGGACCAGUGAAUGCUUGGUCUUUAGCUCUGGCAUAAUAGAAGACAUACGUGAACCUCUUAACAAUGUUUUUACAUUUGCCUUCUUGGGGAUUGGGAGGGCAGGCCUUUAACACCCACCUACACCUAGUGUGUAGUAGUAUUUGCAGAAAAUCACCUAUAAGGGACUACCUAAUCGUAGACAAAACCAUCACAGGAAAGAUGCAUCCUAGUUGCUAGGGGGAAAGGAAGGGCAAAGUGGAGAUUCUAAGCACUAGAAAAUAAGACAGAUUCAGGAAAAGUGCACUAAAAGGGAGGGGAAAGCAUAGGACCCUAGGGAUUACUAUUGCCUGGUGUCCAAACAACUAACUUUUCAUUUACGGCUCUGACUUACUGGCUAAGAACACUAACAAGCAGAAGCAGCAAGUCUAGUUCAUUUCACAGAAAUUGCUUAGAAGGGUACCUGUAAAUUGUUCUCCAUGACUUUCCUUCAAGGAGGGCUAGAGACUUGCUUUCUCUUUUAAAUGAAAGUUCAGAGUUUGGAGGCCUUUCUGGGAUGCCAGUGAUGGUUUUCAUGAGUGCAGUGAAUGUCACUGGAUUGGUGACUCCUGAUGCAUACAUUUUCUGGCUGCUUCCCUUCAUAUUCCUGCCCAGUGAUCCUUAGAGAUGGAGUACACAGUCAGCUCAAGUUUUACAUCUAUUCCUAAACCACUAACCACAGGGAAGAAAAAAUAAAUUUAAAUGUACGUCCACAUGGAGAAUUUCUGGUAGAUGCAAAAUAGCAUGCUGGGGGGAAAGGCUCUAUCAUAGCCUAUCUUUCUAAAUGAUAGUAUAUACAGGGAGUUCAGACAUUCAGUCCCUCACCUUCAUCUCUAUUGUAUCACAAACUGGUUCAUAAGUGCAAAUCAAUGCUUUCUAAUGCAGAUAGGCUUCAAGGAACUCUUUGAUAUUUUUAACCACAGAAGUGCAGCUGUAAUCCCUCCUAAUUCAUUCUAUAGUGCUACAAACAAUUAUUAUUAUUAUUAUUAUUGUUAUUAUUAUUAGUAGUAAUCAGCUUUAAUAAUAAUAUCAGUGGGUAUUAUAAUAGAUGCUCAUAGUUUGAGCAUAUUCACUGUUACCAACCAAGCCUGCAUGACCUCCGGAUCAUAUAUUACACAUAUACACAUAUAUCACUGUGGAGUUGAUAUUUCAAGGUUUUAGGCUGCUAACUAGAGCAUGUCACAGGGAAGCAGAGCUAUAAUUUUAUUACUAGGGACAAUUAGCAAAAACCCACUGAGUCUCAAUUUGGAUUCAAAGGUUGAAACACUCUUCAAAAGAGAGAAGUAUAAGUUUCCUCCAUUUCACAGUGCCCAAGAGUCUGGAGUCAGUUCUGUAUGUCUGGAACAGUGAAUCACGAAUCCCUGAAUGUAAGACACGGUAUACCUUUCUGUGCUUGCAAACUGUGUGUCAAUCAGAAUUUCUUAGGUUCUUAUAGCUAUGAUUGGGGGGUGGGAAAGGAGGUACCAAAUGGCAAGCCUUUGUAGGUCAUCCUCAAGACAUGCACAGCUCAGCAUGGGCUACUCUGAAGAGACCUCAAAAUAUAACUUUAGAAACUAACAAGUAUGCCUAGAGUGAGAACACAGUUCUGUAUCUUGUUUACCUGUAUGAAAACAACACAGAGGGUGUUCUACACAUAGAGAGCAGCAAGAUGGAAAGAAAGAAAGAAAGUAAGAAGACUAAAUAGCAGACAAUGUGUCUGUUGUACCAGGGGAAAUAAAGUAAUGGAGGGAUAAAAGAAACAUUUAAAUCAGUUUGAAUAGUCCAUUAAAAUUAACAGCUAAAUAUUGGAUUAAGGGACGUGGGUGGCGCUGUGGGUUAAACCACAGAGCCUAGGACUUGCCAAUCAGAAGGUUGGCGGUUCGAAUCCCUGUGACAGGGUGAGCUCCCAUUGCUCGGUCCCUGCUCCUGCCAACCUAGCAGUUCGAAAACAUGUCAAAGUGCAAGUAGAUAAAUAGGUACCGCUCUGGCGGGAAGGUAAAAGGCGUUUCCGUGUGCUGCUCUGGUUCGCCAGAAGCGGCUUAGUCAUGCUGGCCACAUGACCCGGAAGCUGUACACUGGCUCCCUCGACCAAUAAAAGCGAGAUGAGUGCCGCAACCCCAGAGUCGGCCACGACUGGACCUAAUGGUCAGGGGUCCCUUUACCUUUACCUUAAACAUUGGAUAGAGCAAAGCUGCAAUCAUAUACACACUUGCAUAGAAUUCAGGUGACUUCUCAGUAAACAUGCAUAGGAUUGUGAUGGGUGUGGACUGUUUCACCACCGCAGUAGGAUAAUAUAGAGGGGAAUGGAAAGCUGGAGAUAUUAGCUUAAGGUUAACAUAUAUAAACUUGGAUCAUUGGCUGAUGUACCCAAAGUGCUAUCUAUAUUGACUGGUGAGAGCUUUGAAAGCUCUUUCUCAGCCCUGCUGUCUGAAAUCACGGAUAACUCUAGAAGCUUGGACUUUCUGAAUGGAAAACUUGCACUCAGCUAGUCAGCUGCAAGAAAUGUGUGUGGAUGUUUUCGUCCUGGAUUGGUGCAGUAAGGAAAAGAGGAAGCAAAGACAGAAUUUUUAUAAAUGGCAGCACAGAACAUGAUCAUCAAAACAACAAGAUGUUAACCUAUAGGGACAAGGGAGGAAGCCUACAGAGGCAGAAAAGGAAUUUGAUUGAACUGAACUGCACAAUGUCUGGCUGAAAGGCAUGUUUUUGAUACGUAGCCAGGCAAAUGAAUGAAUGUACACUGAUUGAUGUGGACCAUUUAUUCUUAGAAAUAUUCAUUACUAAUUUGAGUAACAAUUGCUUGCCAAAGGAAAAGAAUCUCUGCUGUGUUGUUAAUAUUAUUUAGGGCUACAGUUUCCACUGCUGCCUGUCAAAUAUUUUCACGUAGGCACAAUCCAACACGGACUCAGUCAAGAGGCUUCAGGAUAAUUAUAUGUAGGAUGCUAAAUAUGUUCAUUAGGCUUGAACUGAAAGCAUAUGUGGUACUUUUUGCAAACACUUCUUAUUUUUAGGGUUUCAAGGCAACAACCCUAGAGAGACCGGCAUUCAGAAUAAAGACAAUGUGAGGGGAAAUUGUCUUAGGUUGCCAUAAGUGCAUCCUGGGAUCUUUUUUGGAGGGAGGGGUUGUUUAAAUAGCAGGCACUUUUUAUUUUUAUGUGCCUAUUGGGGAAAGCAUUUAGAAACUUGACCCUGUGACCAUUCAUCCCUCCUGCCAAAGAAAUAUCAGUCAUGUGCCUCCCCUCCUACUGCAAGGUCUUUUAUUCCACCUUUCAGGAAACAAUAGUAUUAUGCAUUUUCAAACUCCCUGAAUACCUAAAUGCUAAUCAUUCACUGAAGUUUGUACUACUAAAAAGUGUUGUGAAUGUCAGCUUAACUUGAUUUCUAACUUAAGCUUCCUAUCAUGUGUGACUGUUCUACAACCCCCCACAUAUGGAUUACUUCAUGGCUUAGGGCUGUAAUUAUCUGCUUGAGCCUCCAGCUGCUUGUCCCACAAUCAAGCAAAUUAAAUCAUUACAAAUCCAAUAUACCUUACUAUGCUGAUCCUACUAAGUUGCUGAGAACCUAUAUAAAGCAUUGUGCAAUCCUACACAAUCUUGUUCUCAUCUUAAGUGGUGUCUCUAUAUUCCCAAAUGUUUUACAAAACAAUAAAAUAUUUCUCUAACAGUUGCAUUUAUUUUAGAAUAAUGUUGUUCAAAAGACCAAAUAGCCAUUAAACAAAUGUUUGUAGCCAUCAAACAAAUGGCUUUUUCCAUUCUUUUAAUCAAGCAAUGUGCUUCAGAAUAUAACAUCUUCAAAAUAUAUAUUUAAUAUUAAGUAGCACAUUUGUAGAAUAUGGUAAAACUCAUGGUGUACAAUUGACCGAGAAAUGCUGCUGAGAAAGUCCAAAUGAAAUUACAUUGGUACCUCAGGUUAAGAACUUAAUUCGUUCUGGAGGUCCAUUCUUAACCUGAAACUGUUCUUAACCUGAGAUACCACUUUAGCUAAUGGGGCCUCCUGCUGCCGCUGCGCUGCCACUGCACAAUUUCUGUUCUCAUCCUGAAGCAAUGGUACUAUUUCUGGGUUAGCGGAGCCUGUAACCUGAAGCGUCUGUAACCCGAGGUACCACUGUAAUAGGAGUACUGCAAAGAUUUCAGGCUUAGUCUUCCAAGUUCUGCACUCGCACAAGUUCCAAAAAAAAUGAGGAAAGAUUGGAUAAAUGCCUAGGGUCUCUUAUGCUGUGGAAGUGAUCUAUACACAAUGAACUGCUGCUAGCUUCUGCUGCUUGCUGAAUGGAAGCUGCUGGCCCUGACUUGCAGAAACCUGUAGGUGGACCAGAAUGAUUUGACCCAUCCUAUAACCUCUAAUGGUUAUUUUGUUGAAUGUUUUUGAAACCUGGGUCAAAUGACCUGGUAGAAUUUAUUCUGCUGGAUAUGGAUGUUCAUAUGUUCUCUUGUUUUGCUUUUUAACUUAUUAGAGGCAGUAUAACACUACAAACAGAAGCCAAUUCUGUUCUGCCUCCACACUGCUACAUAUUUGCCUCCUGUCUAGGAAUGGACUGAAGUGUUUAUUCCAAAUUUGUCACCCCAUUCUGAAGGCAGUGAAUUCCAGGUAGAUGUUUCAGAGGCUGUGGUUUUGCACCCAUAAUAGUUUUUUGGAGGAAGGGCUUACCGUAGCAGUGAAAGCGUGAAUUCACCCCCCUUUUUUCUUUUUUUUUCUUUCUUCAUGGCCCCUCUUCUCCCUUGAGGUUUGGUAUUUGCCCCCAAAUGCCCCUGAAAAAUAUGGGAGAAGCCUGAAAUGAAAGUUUGAGGACCUGAUUCUGCUGUAGACAGAAACAGGCAGCAAACCUCUAUCUUUGUUUUUAUCCUUGAAACAUUCUGGCACCAGCUGCUUCCUUCACCACCUGGUCCGGCCCCCAAAAUAAUUAACACAAUCAAGGAACAGGCAUGUUUUUAGUACAGUAUGUCUCACUAUCCUUUCAUUAAAUUUCAUUUAAGGGAGCUUUCAAGUAGAUCCUUCCUAUUGUAAGGACAUUCUCUGAAAUGUUUGGCUUAAAGAAUUCAAACAGUUUACAAAUGUUCGUAGGUGGUUCUGCAUGAACAUUGUACAGUUCGGAUAGUAAAGUGUUUGCGAUCUUUAUGGCUUCAUCUCUAUCUAAUAUUUCUACAAGAUACAGUAGAAAGAUACAGUACCAUCUCCUAACCUGGAUAGCUCAGUUGGUUAGAGUGUGAUGCUGAUAAUACCAAGGUUGCAGGUUUGAUCCCUUUAUGGGAUAGCUGCAUAUUCCUGCAUUGCAGGGGGUUGGGCUAGAUGAUCCUCAGGGUCACUUCCAACUCUACAAUUCCAUGAUUCUAGCAAUCCUACACAUGUUUGUUUGAAAUCAUUCAGUCAGGAUUAUAGCAGACUGUGUGUGUUUUGUGUGUAGUGUGCUUUCUUCCUUGGUGAUCACUCAUAGCCGAGUAAGAUUGUUUUCCAUAAGCAUGGUUUUAAAAAUGAGUCCGUAAGUGACUGUGGAGGCCAAUUCUGGAUCUGCAUGUCCUUCCACAGUGGGGACAUUGGUUUCCGGGUAGGAGUUGAUCAUGGUGAGGGUUUGCCAAGCGUACUUUCCUCUUAGCGUGUUUCUCCCUUUCGUCCUGAGUUUAAGUGUUCAAAGCCCAGUAUACUUUUGGUAAGGGCUGUUCUCCAACUGGAGCGCUCGCAGGCCAGUGUUUCCCAGUUGUCGGUGUUUAUACUACAUUUUUUAAGACUUGCCUUGAGAGAGUCUUUGAACCUCUUUUGUUGACCACCAGCAUUACGCUUUCCAUUUUAAAAUUUGUAAUAGAGUAGUUGCUUUGGAAGCUGAUAAUCAGGUACCCACACAACAUGACCAGUUCAACAGAGCUGGUGUUGAAGAAUGAUUGCUUCCACACUGGUGAUCUUUGCUUCUUCCACGACACUGGCAUCAGUUUGUCUGUCUUCCCAAGUGAUGUGUAAAUUUUUUUGGAGACACUGUUGAUGGAAUCUUUCGAGGAGUUGGAGAUGGCAUUUAUAAGUGGUCCACGUUUCACAAGCAUUCAGUAAGGUUGGUAGUACAACAGCUUUGUAAACAAGGAUUUUGGUUUCCCUGCCAAUGUCCUGGUCCUCAAAUACUCUGCACUUCAGUCGGGAGAAAGCUGCACUCGCAGAGCUCAGGCGAUGCUGGAUUUCGGCAUCAAUGUUGGCCCUUUUGGAAAGUGUCGUGUGCAGCGCUGCUGCCAAAGCACAAUAACAUUUUUAAUUUUACAAUGAAUAAAAAAUAACUAUCUUUUUUGUUCCACAAUUAAACCACUAACUCUUUUAUUGCCACGAAUUUUUAAUUAUCUUUUCCCCCCUAUAAAUUGCUUUAGUGGUGGUGUUCUCUUGUAUGACAUUUUACUGUUAUGAAAUGCAAUGAUCUCAGACUCUUUUUGUGGGAUCUUUGUAAAUCUUAGUUGGAUCUGGGCCACAAUACACCCUGCCAGUGUAAGUCAUAUUACAAGAACUCAUGACAGAGAAGUACUUGAAGGACUAAACCGGCAGCUGCCUAUAUUGAUGGAUCAUAUUUCUCCUGAGAAAUAGUGAGCUUUUCGUAAUAAUGGAUUUCUGCAUGUAAACAUAGCAUUAAAUUUUCUGGAUAUUAACUUGUGACCAGUAAUUACAGUGGUACCUCUGGUUGCGGACACAACUCAUUCCAGGGUGCCAUGCACACCCCAAAAAGUCUGUAACCAGAGCGAUGCUUCUGCGCAUGUGCGAAGCGUGCAGAACGCUUCUGUGUGUAUGCGUGCAGUAAAACCCAGAAGUAAACACUUCCGGGUUUGCCGCGUUCUUAACCCGAAAAAACACAACAUGAAGCAUUUGCAAGAAGAGGUAUGACUGUAUUGCUUUUCAGAUUUGUUUCUGUUAAAUGGGUUCAAGAUAAAUACAAGAGCCAAAGUUUAAUGGAAACUUGACACAGUGGCACCAAUGGCCCCCCCAUACCCAGGAAAACACUGUGUCUCUUUUGCCACCCUCUCUGGCAUUGUCACUUGGGGACCCUGGAGCAGGCAGCUGACUUAGGGUGUCAUGAAAGGGCAGCAAACCAUCAGUUACUGCAGUUUUACUGCUGAGCCAGGGAUUGGAGGGGAGGGGCUUUCUUUAUCCAGCACCAAAAUAACUUGGCUGGCUCUGGCUUCCACCUCACCUUGACUAGAAUGGGAGGCACUAUUUCCUGCUCUUUCUCAGGAAAUCAAAUAUUUUGGUCCAGCCCUGUCUUAUUCACAUCUGCUGUUCAAGCUUAGCAACAAAAGGCUAACAUUUCAGAACAAGAUUUAUUACGGUAAUUGAUUGAAAUAUUUUUGAAAGUAAGUGUCAAAGAAAACGGAUACUGCAUUUUAAUCAUUUUUUUACUUUUGCAGGCUGAAAAAUGUGUACUCCAUUACUGUUUUACUGUGCUUAAGAAUAGUGGGAAAUAUUUCUACUAGGACUAGCAAAGAUUUGUCACCUUAGUUUAUAUCAAUAUAUAAAUGCUGUCUAGUCCCCAUCAUUAUUUUGGCAUCCCAUCCUUCAAAACCUGUUUGUCAAAUUUUUGUGUUCUGAAAAAGCACAGCUCACUGCUUUCAACCGUCCUUACUAUUCCCGUAUAUUACCUCUUUCCUUAACUCCUCUCUGUAAAUCCUGUGAAAUGCUUUACCCCAGCUACGUUUUUCCCCAUUUUCUAUCCUUUCCCCAUCUACGGGUUUCCUCUUUUACUUUUUUCAGGAUGUGCAAACUCAUUUGAGAGGUAUUCAAAAUUGUUAUGAUAGUUUAGAGAAGUUUUGAGCUUUGAAAAUAAACAUUGAGUCUGACUUAUAUGGCUUCUGGUUUCAGGCUUUCCAGACAGUCAGGCAUCACUUUUUCCCCUCCCCGCCUUUCUUUUUUAAAUACAGCUUCAAAUGUUAUACAGUGACUUUAAGGGGAAAGAUCUGAAACUCAAGGAUAGUGCAAGACAUACACAACUGCCUUAGGGAGGCACAUGCAGCUCAUUAGCUUUGUGCUGUUCAUUCCAGGUUUCUUAAAUUUAAGAACAGCAGGUGUGCAUCUGUAUUGGUGAGAAAUUCAGCUUACUGUGUGGUUGCCGGUCCUCAGUGUUUGUGAAAUUUAACCAUGGUGCACGUCAUAGAACACUAACCACAUAGUGUGUUAAAUAAUGGAUGGCUGUUUUUCAUGGAAAACAGAUGAGUUUUGAAGUUUUACUUAUAAAAUAAGCAUGAACUUUGGAACUUUUAGUUCAAGUGGUAUGAAAUUUGAGGCGUUGAAAAUGUGGCAGUGUGUGGCAUAUGUAGAAAUUCCAAAGUUUUUUGUAUUGACUAUUGGGUGUAUCAGAAAAUAAUAAGGAUCACUGUAUUUUGAAAUUAAGAUUGUAACAUGAGGAUUGCCCUCUGUUUGAUAUUCCUCAACACUCCUUAAGCCUAUGUGAGUCUGCAUACUGGUAUUAAAUUUGUUUGAUUGAUGGUUUGGAUUAUACCUAUACCCUUCAGAAGCAUCUUGAAUCCAGUCUGCUAGCAAAAUUACUAUUCUGGCACUGAUAAGCUAAUUGACACAUGAUGUAACAAAACUUAUUAGUUUUUGUUUAACCCACAAGAGAUGGCAUUGAACUUCUUGAUAAACCAUAAUUUAGCUGUUUCAUGUUCUUUUCUUCUUUUGAAGUUUCUCUUUCUAGAAUGACCACUUUAUGGUCAGUUUCAGAAUAUCCUGGGAGGUUGAAAUGUUCUCCCACUGGUUUAUAGAUACUGCCAUUUCUAAUGUCUGAUAUCUAUCUUAAAGGCUCCCUACUUGUUGCUCUGUUGCUUUCAGUGGUCCAGUUAUGUUUUCAAGGUACAUUGAGGGAGAGAAAUUACAUUUCCAUAGAAUCAGCAGUAUGUUGUUACUUACAAAAUGUAAUUUCUUCUCCCUGGUCCCAUGCUGACACCCACAUACACCAGCACUUCCAUUGUGAGCUCAGUUCCCCUGUUAUCUGUGUCACUGAUGAUAAAAACUGAGUGCUGCAAGGGAGGUACAGGCCUUCCAGAGUACCUUAGUUGUGGAUGUUAGUGUAACUUUGUGGAAACUGGAAGACCCUAAUAGAUAGGUGUCAAUUUUCCAUAAUAUUUCUCCUAUCUUUCAAGAGAGAAAAGGGGAUCCUUGAUCCCUUAUUUCUCUGCUUGAUCACUGAGGUCUUUGAGGGUAUCACGGUUAGUGAUCCCUCUCAGCUCAGAUGUAUGGCUUGUAUCUACCGGUACCUGUGUAUUCAGUAUUGUAGGCCCAGUCUUAAGGAACUCCUGCUGAGGGGUCAUAGGCACUGAAGACCUGUUUAUUCCAGCAGGUUUUAAAAACUGAAUUCUGAUUUUGCUGUUUUAACUCACUUUUAGUUUCAUUGAUUUGAGUCUUCUGUACACCAGUUAGAGAUGACUGUGAUUAAUUAGUAUGCAAAUAAGUAAGUAAGUAAGUAAGCAAGCAAGCAAGCAAGCUGUAUAGACCAACGAAGGUGUGGCCUUAUGGCUUCCGACAAGUCUCCAUUGCAAAGUUGUUGCUCAUCUGGUGAUCUCUCAAGGAUGCAUCUUGUUAUUCUAAGGAUCUGUGGUUUAAAAAAGGCAUGUUCAUUGAAAUUUCUAAAAAACUGAUUCAUAAAAUAUGUGUCACCAGGGGUAAUGUGGACCCCUCCAACUUUGCUUGUAUAGGGACCGUUUGUGAUUUAUAUAACCAAAUCUCAUGGUUAGCACAUUAUUUGGCAACAUUCAUGGUUAUUUGGUUAUGUUUGGUACAAAUGUGAACCUUGUAUUCCACUAUGGAAUGUAUUUUACACCACAAAUUCUUUUCUUUUUUAAAGCUUCUAUGAUUAUUAUUUUAUUAUCUCUUAAUUUUAUUCUUCCUGCUUUUAUAGCUGUUUUUAUUAUUACUUUUAGCUAGUUAUUUUGUUUAUUUGAAUAAAAAAUGAACUUUUAUUUACAUUUUCGCCCCUUGAAAUGUCAAAAAACAUGAGCCUAAAGAGCCUCAUGAGCAAAAUAGAGGAACAUAGUUAUUCUCUUCUGAAAUGUCAUGCCUUGAACAUAUAGAUUAUUGAUUGACCUGUGAUGAUCUCAAGCAAACAUACUUCCACAUAUUUUGAACAAUGAAGCAGAAGAAAAUAGCCAUUCUCUUUUAAUUCAGCAAGUUCUUUCUUCUAUUAAGGUUCUGGAUCACACAGUAUUGCUCUUCUGAUUUAGCUUGUUGCAUGGAAAGGAGUUAGUGUACACCAGCCACACAUACCAAUGCGAGGAUGGAACAUUUGAAUGUCAUCUACGCAUGUAAAAUCUAACAUGUGUAGGCUAAAAUGAUAUGGGUUGAUUUUACAUCAUGUGCACUGCAUGACAUUAGCUUAUUCAGGUUUUGUAUGUGUGGGCAGCAAUUGUCCUAUCAUACGCAUGUACUAAUUUCCAUAGAUCAAUUUACAGACAACUCAGUUGUGUAGAAGAAUCAUUUGUGUAAAAUCAGUGCUCAACAAACUGAUUAUCUAUGCAUGUGCACUAAAAGUGAAGACCGAACAACACAAUCUGAUUCUUUCUUAAAGUGACAAAAUUAUAGUGCCAUAAGACCUGAGGGAAGAAAUAGUUAAGACUGACUAAAAAUGAGUCCACCAGGUUUACCAAAUUCCUUCACCAUAAUUCCAGUAAAUUCAAAUGUUUUAUGGAAUUUCACUCUUUUGAAUGACCAUAUAUGCAAAGUAGUAUUUAUUUUUAGGAUUUUCAGAACACUAAUUUGCAACAGGUCUCUCAGAAGCCCUUUGCUUCCCCAUGCCAUAAUGUAUACCCUGGAUGUAACAUAGACAAGGCUCAGUGGAUAUUUGCUUAUGUUCCACUAAUGAUAUGUGGGUAGUGUUAGUAGCAAUGAUGGUGGUAAAGUUCGUCAUCCUCAGGCUCAGAAACAACACUUGCCUCAAUGAGAGAUGAGUACCUGAUGUUACUGAAUUCUUCUUUGGCUCAGAGAAGAUCAGGAGGGCAAAAACCCACUCGCCUUGGCCAGUGUAGGCCUCCAAAAAGGGGCCACUGAGGGAGGACUUUUAGCCUAAGCCUAUUCAGGUCAUUUACUGUAUGUGACCUGGCAUCCUAGCAUAGAACAUUAUUUAAAAGACUUGUUUUUCCUCUGCCAGGUUUAGCCAGAACAGCAGCAGCAGCCCUACUGAUAAAUGGGGUUUGGAUCUGGUGUGACUUUACACUAGCUUAUUGUGCAUAGGAUUGCCCUCUCAAUGUAUUAACAGGACAAGCCAAAGGAGGGUGGAGUGGGGUUCAAGGUCUCAUGGCAACUUUCUGGCUAUUCCUUACUCAUCUCCUGUCUUUCCACUAAUGCAAGCCUCCUAACACUCACUAUGGGGAUCUAAGGCAGCUGUUAGAGCAACCAGAUCCUGCAGCCGUUCUGGAUUUUUAUGGGGGGGGGGGAAUAUUUUGUUACGUUAGUCAUGGCUUUCAAGCCUAGCAUAAUUUGUGCGUCAAAAUCUGCUGCUGGAAUUCAAGCCAUAUGUAGAUCAUUAUCUCCUUCUACGGAAGGAAUCAGAGGCCGAGUUAUCUAGCCUCUUCUUGUUUAGCACUUUCAGUGAAGUUGGCAGGACUGAACAGAGACAUUGUUCUGUUUGAGGUGUAGAAGCAGAUGGAACUCUGCCCUCUCCAUCUUGGUCAAGGUGUAACUUAGCUAGCCAAGACCAGCUAAGUUAUUUUGCCACCUAUGGCAGAAAAAAUCCACAAGCUUUUCUACUUCCUAGCUUUAGUAAUAUAGUUAUUGUUAUUUACAACCUGAAAUCAGCUACCUGAGGUGGUAACCCCGCUCUGCCUAAUGGUAGGGCUUGUCCUGGAGGUUGGGAAGCGAAAACGGUAAGCUAAGGCUUGCCCUGAUUGCAGAGUGAGGGUGAAUCCUAGUAAUGGGUGAGGGUGGAUGGAUGGGGGCUACCACUGAGAUGAGGCAGAACAGCAGAGUUAUGGAACAAGCAUUGCUGCUGCUUCACGCAACAUCAGAGAUGCAACAAGCAGCUCACCCCAUUCUUCAGUCCUCUGAAAUUUCCAGUGGAAAUGAUGAGGCUUUGCAGGGUGGGAAGGGAUGGCUGUCCCAACUUGCCAGUGCUCCAAUGGUUACUUAAAGGUAAAGGUAAAGGGACCCCUGACCAUUAGGUCCAGGCGUGGCCAACUCUGGGGUUGCGGUGCUCAUCUCGCUUUAUUGGCCGAGGGAGCCGGCGUACAGCUUCUGGGUCGUGUGGCCAGCAUGACUAAGCAGCUUCUGGUGAACCAGAGCAGCUCACGGAAACACCGUUUACCUUCCCGCCGGAGCGGUUCCUAUUUAUCUACUUGCACUUUGACACGCUUUCGAACUGCUAGGUUGGCAGGAGCAGGGACUGAGCAACGGGAGCUCACCCCGUUGCGGGGAUUUGAACCACCGACCUUCUGAUCGGCAAGUCCUAGGCUCUGUGGUUUAACCCACAGCGCCACCUGCGUUACUUAAUGUUCAGCAAAUACUUAGUUUAUAUAUUGUAUUGAUGUUUAAUAUGUUAGCACUGGAGUUAUUGUUUGCAAUCCUGUUUUCUUGAUAUUUUUUCCUAUAUUGUCCAUAUCCAUUAAAUCACCUCAACCUUGUUACACUUUGUUACACACACACACACACACAGAGAGAGAGAGAGAGAGAGAGAGAGAGAGAGAGAUUUGAAUUUGCUCAUAAGAGCUCAUGGCUCAAUAAAUCAGUUAUAGCCUAAAACCUUUGCAAAGUAAUUCAACAGUAAGUCAGUUAGCUUCCAGUUUACUCAAAAGUAAGACUAUAGAGGAUUGCAUCCUUAGUCUCUCUAAGGUGCCAUAGCAAUGUUUUCUUUACUCAACACUAUUAGAUCAGUCUUUAACAUGUAUAUCACAGAUCGUGAUUUAAAAUGGGUUUCGUUUCCCAAAGGUCUUAUCUUACGAACAUAUUUAUUGGUUUCACCUUGGCAAGGUUCACAGUUGAUCAUGAGAACUGUGGUGACAAGUGUGACCAUUUCGUAAGUCUGCUUCCGCUAAAUCCAUGAUUAUUUAAUUGUGGUAGCAUCUUGUCAUAAUUAUGCUUAGAUUUAUUAGCUUCAGUUAUGUGGUAAGCAUCGCUUUGUGAACAGGCCACGGGGGCAGAUUUUAAAGAGCUAGUUAGGCUUUAUCACCUGAUAUGUGUCUGCUUUGAUGAUCCACUGCUUCUCAGAGAAGUAUUCACCAUGCACUAUGAGAAAGAAGAAGCUUUCCUUUGAAGAUACAAAUUAAACUAUAAAGGGGACCAUCCUCAAGCUAUUUCCCAUGAAAUAAUCUCUCCUCAGGAAGUUUUACUGCAAAGGCAGUGGCUUUGGGAUUAAAGCAGAAAAACAAAUUGCAUUUCUGCAAGGUCACUCGGAAGGUCUUGUGUGGCAUUGUGCCGCUGAACCUAGCUAAUCUUGGGGCCCCAUCUGGUGCCUACAAGAACAACAAUAUCCAAAGCGUCAGAGAAUUAGAUCAGUAGUAUGGCCACUCCUCCAGCUUUUCAUAGCUACUGCUGCCGUGGACUAAGGGGCAGGAUUUAUUCUAUAAUGCUUAAUUAUCUAAAGAAGACUAGGCAUACAAGUUGAAAGAUCCCAUUGGAAAUAAAAAAGAAAUCCCCGAUAAAGAAGAUUACUUAUUAUUAUUAACUGGGAUUAUGCAAGGGAUGAAACUCUUGCUUAUAUAAUGCAACUUUGCCUAUAACUGUGAGGAUGCAAGUCCAUAAAGCCUGCGCAAAUAAGAGUAGAUGCUUUUAUUUGCGGAACACCAAGUUUUAGAACUACUCUGUUUUGUAUAAAAAUGACAUGCUGCUUUUCUUCUGUAUGAGAGGGUAGGGCUGAUAAUAAAAAUAUAAUGGUUAGUUACUCUUCAAAAUGUUUCCUUAAAUGUUGUUUCAGUUUGUUGGUAUUUAUGCACAGCAAAGAUCCAUGCUAACAACUUUGGCGGCACUCUGUGUGGAUAUUGUGCCCCCCCCCAAAAAAUCGCCAUAAAUACCAAAUUACAUCUUAAUUGUUUGAUUGAACAUAACUUACCAGAACUGAUGAGAACACAUUUCAUAUCUACUUCUCUUUUUUAGUGGUGCUUUUUAUUUUUAUUGUUUAUCAGAAAUGUAAUGCUAAAAUAAUUGUGUAUUGGGCAGCUGGCAGCUGGCAGCUUCUUGAAAGGGGGCGAGGCAAUGAAGUAAUCUUGAAGGAAGAGUGCUCUCCCCCCCCCAACCAGGGGCCUCCCCACUUUUGCUGUAUACUGCUCCCCCUGCAACGCUAAGUGUUGGGGUGCUGCAUAGCACAUAGGUAAUGCCUGCUCCUCGCCAGUUUUCUCCCCAUGUGGGGGUACCAUUGCUUUGAGUGUAUUGUAACAUUCACGGACCUUCACAGUAAAGGGGGACUUCCCACAUCUCACAUUGUUUCAGACUCUUUAGGUCUUCUGAUUCAUGGACAGUUUACAGCAAAAACUCAUUGGAGGGGUCAGCUUUAUGCCCACAAAUGAAUAUAUGCUUCCACUGGCAUAAAGAAUAUGCCUUACAUAUGUGGAUCUCUGUAUAUACAGAAGAGCUCCUGCAUCUGCAGAAAGGUUUUUGUAUUGAGACUGGUAUUUAAAUGGUAACUAAUAUAUAUAUUCUCUGUAUGGCAUGCCUAUGUAAAUACUGCUGUUUGGUUUUAUUUUGUAUCAGUUUUAGUUUUGAAACAGCUUAUGGACAAAUACAGUUUAUAUUUAAUAAACCCAUAUGGUGAUAUCUAAGUCAUACUCAGAUGAUGAUUAGUUGUUGUUUUUUAAUCUCAUCCAACCUCCUAAAGGUGGAAAACAACACAGCUUUUGAAAAACAGUUACUGUAUCUCUCUCUCUCUCUCUCUCUCUCUCUCUCUCUGUGUGUGUGUGUGCAUGCACAUAUUUUGAUGGAGACUUUUCUUUAACACAUUAUUGAUAAUGAAAUAUCUUUUCCUCCCCAGAAGUAUUUCCAAGAGAUUCCAACUUAAAGGACAAGUUCAUCAAACAUUUCACAGGUAAGAACACUUUUUGUGUGAAGGCAAUUCUGUGUUUAAUCUCUUGCCAGGUGUUGCCUACAUAAAGGAGUGUCUUAUCUCCUCUCCCAGUGAAGGAAGCCUAUAUUGUAAAUUACUAGGUCCAACCUUUGGGGCUGCUGUUUUCCUAUUUGCUUCCCAACAGGUUGUAGUGGGACCCACAGGUUAGGGCAUGGAAUCUUAAGGCCCAUUAAAAGGCUAGCUGUUCCAUUGGCAAGUGACUCCCAACUUUUGAACUUCCCUAAAUAUCUUCAGAUGCCUUUUCCCCAAUAGAUUGGAAAAGGCUCAAGAGAGUUGAGGAGCCAGUGUGAAAAGUCUUGGUGAUAAAAUUUUGUAGCCUUUAUAGUUGUAACCCAUCACCCAUCACUGGCCUUCUUUUUCAUUAUUCCAGUAGCUUUAAUUACAUUAAUAUGGUUAUAUGUAAUUUUUGUCAGAAACUCCAGUAAAAUUGUACUGUGAACAUUUAUUUAUUUAUCACAAUAUUUAUAUCUCUUUAUCACACCCCCCCACACCCAUGAAAUAAAGUUCUCUGGGUGGUUUAUAGUAUAGAAAUUAAAACCAUAUAAAUAAACCUAAAAGCUGAAUAUAAAGGUAAAGGUAAAGGGACCCCUGACCAUUAGGUCCAGUCGCAGAUGACUCUCGGGUUGCGCACUCAUCUCGCUCUAUAAGCCGAGGGAGCCAGCGUUUGUCCGCAGACAGCUUCCGGGUCAUGUGGCCAGCAUGACUAAGCCACUUCUGGUGAACCAGAGCAGCGCAUGGAAACACCAUUUACCUUCCGGCUGGAGCUGUACCUAUUUAUCUACUUGCACUUUGACGUGCUUUCGAACUGCUAGGUUGGCAGGAGCAGGAACCGAGCAACGAGAGCUCACCCUGUCGCGGGGAUUUGAACCACCGAUCUUCUGAUUGGCAAGUCCUAGGCUCUGUGGUUUAACCCACAGUGCUGAAUAUAGUAGGAGAAUAAAGACAAAAUAAGCUAAGGAAAAACUGUAGCCCAAAAUAUCUAAAAAACACUAAACAUUUUUAAAGAUUGAAAGGCUGGGGCAGGAGUGGGGAAGAGAAAUGCCUUCACUUGAUGCCAAAAGGACCACAGUGUAGGUGCCAAGUUAGCUUCUCUGAGCAGGACAUUCUACACCCCUAGUUCUAUCACUGAAAAGGUCCCUUUUCUAUUAACCACUACCUUGCCUUAUUUGACAAGGAGAGUACCUGGUGAAAGGUUUGAAACAUAUUAGAUGAAGCAAAUAUGAACUAUUUAUUAAUUAUUUGUGCAAUUUAGUUUGCCAUAGAAUUAGAAAUGCAAUCAAAAUGUUGUGUUUGAUUAAUCUUCAAACAGGUCCAGUUACAUUUUCAGCUGAAUGUAGUAAGCAUUUCCACCGGCUCUAUCACAACACACGGGAUUGUUCAACACCAGCCUGUAAGUUCCAGCUAAAAACUACUUCCAUGUUUCAUUGUCCUGUCUGUCUGGUCUUAGGCCAGGGUUGAGCAGGUUCUUAACACCAAGUCAUUUCCCCCAGUCUUUCUUGAGAGUGGAAUACACAUGUGUCCACUGCCACUAAGAACAUAAGAAGAGCCUUGCUGGGUUAGACUAGUCCAGCAUUCUGUUCUCCAUUGGCAAACUUGAGGCCUUUGGGAAGACCACAAGUAGGGUAGUGAGUGUGGUGGCACUCUUCCACUUGAGAUUCCCAGGAACUGGUGUUCAGAGCUAUGCCAAAUCAACCUUGAGCGCUGUCAACUUUCAGUGGCAUAUUUCACCUGGUGCCAGAGCUGAAUGUAGUGCCACGCUGAAUGUAAUGUAUGUUGAAAACUACUUAUAUAAAAAACUCCCUAAAACACCUACAUUUUGCAGCUGAUGGCAAAUGAAACUGGACUUACACCCUAGGAAAUUAAACACAUGAUUAAUGUUAACUUCAUUUUUGUGGUCUUAAAUAGAUUAUAAAAGGUGUGCAAGAUUGCUGACAAGAUUAGCAAUGAGUCCACUGUGUACACAGCCAUAGGAGGCCUGUUAUGUAAGUAUUUUUUUUUAAUUAAAACACCUUUAUAAUCUAAUGAUCAGUUUGUUCCUAUUAGUUUCUUUUCUCAAAAACCAAAUAGUAACAAGAGUUUUGCCUUCUCCCCACUGUGGUUUCAAUGAAAAUCUCAGAAAAUCAGACAUACAACUUUUUUCAUCAAGAGGAAGCCUCUGUUGGCACUAGAACUGGAACUCCCUGCUUUGGAAAUGUGGUUUUCAUCAGUGCCAUGGCAAGAGUGGAAAAAGUCUAGCUCCUUUUCUACUCCCACCAUUUUAAGCCUGAUCAGUCUCCCCUGUGGCUACUUGAAUUUAUAAAAAGAUUUAUGUAACUUAAAGAGAUGAUUUACCUGCCGUUUUCCAGUUUUGUCAAAUGCUUGUUGAUGUGGCCCUGGUGGGCUACUUCUGCACCAUUUCAGGACCAUGGAGAAGUCUACUGAUAUACCGUAUUUUCCCCUCUAUAACACGCAGAUUUUUUUCUCCUAAAAAGUAAGGGGAAAUGUCUAUGCGUGUUAUUGAGCGAAUGUGUGGUCCCUGGAGCCGACUGGCCCGAGUGCAUCACACAUUUUCUUCGAGGGUCGUCUUCGUUGCGGUCAGCAGAAGCCAGGGAAGUGCUUGCUAGGAGGUUUGGCCACUCUGCAGCACGACUGUGUGUUUGCUAGUGUGUGUGCUUUGUGAGUGUGUGGUUGCCUGUGUGUUUGUUCGCUAGCGUGGGUGCUUGGAGGGAGUGAGAGAGUGACUGACUGCUGCAUCUUCUCCUGCAAUUUGCCUUUUAAAAAAUUGGAAGCAGCGGGGCAGUAAAAACCACCUCCGAAAGCCCCAUUUUUCCCUUCUAAGGCUGCAGCUCGGCUUUGGGAGCCCUGAACCCCUGCCUUGUUCUUGAGGGAUCUUUGAGGUUUUCCCUUUAGCUUUAACCCAGCCCCCUUAUUUUACCAGUUUAUCUUCAUUCUCGGUGUGGUAAACUGAUUGCAGGCAGCCACACGGGCGUUCGAGCCUCCCGAGAGAGAAAGCUGUUGCUUUCCUGCAUUCUGCCUCAGGGUCUUACUGCCCACCCACUUCUGUUUCGUUACUGUGUUUGCUCAAACGGAACAAAGAGCAGAGAAAACCCCUCCCCUCCAGGCAAGCAGAGGGGAAAGCAGAGCGUCCUUCCUUCUACCGUAAUUCCUCUCCUUGCUCCGGUGCUGCUGCUGCGUCUAGGGACUCGCAGGCAACAUGCAGGUGGGGGGGGAGAGAGAGAGAGAGAGAGAGAGCGCUAGCUGGCUGGCUGGCUUGGGUGGGUGGCUGGGGGAACUUUUGCCUUCGUUUCCUCCCUCCGGUAAAACCCCUCUCCUGCAUUCUUAGCCAGCUGCUUCUCCGCACACCCCUCUCGGUGCUCCUUGUCCCUUCUAUGUUUUCCUUCCCUCCCCACUUAAAACGUGGUUACAAAGCACGGAUCCACAUGGAUCCUCAGGAUCUUUGCAUUGGGUCACCCCAAAUUCACCAUCAGAUCACAUAGCAUAUCCAUGGCUACAGCCUGCACCAAAAAAAUCACGCACCCACUGUUGCCUGGGGCUGCAAUGGUACAAAAACGUGGUUACAAAGCACAGAUCCACAUGGAUUCUCAGGAUUUUUGCAUUGGGCUACCCCAAACUCACGGUCAAAUCACAUGUCUGUGGCCACAGCAUGAAGCACAAAAAUGAUACAUCCACUGUUUCAUUCAGAAUUUUUUUUUCUUGUUUUCCUCCUCUAAAAACUAUGUGCGUGUUAUGGUCAGGUGCGUGUUAUCGAGCGAAAAAUACGGUAAUAGGUAAAGCAUGGCUUCAGUUUUCUAAACAACUAGCUUUUUAAGCUGCACUACAGGUUAUCAACAAUAUCAGACCAUGACUCCAUGGUGGAGAUAGUUACAACUUUCUUUUUUUUGUAGAUGGCAGGAAAUAUUUGUUAAUUUCUGAGGUAUGCAAAUAAGCCAGCAUUAAAAAUGCAGCAUUUCUUGUUUCAAAAAUGGAACAGGAUCACCACUUUGCUGCUAAUCUGCAUUUAUUUGGAACAGAAUCUGUGUGCAUAUCCACUCUGUGUGCAAAAGACUUUCCGUACAACUGGAACCCCGAUUUGUCAGGGCUCUCAAAAUGUAUCUUCAGUUGAAUGUUCCAAUGGUGGGGUGGUACCAGCAGUUAUGUUGCCCACUGAGCAUUUCAUGUUUGCACUGGGAAAGCCUGUAGUCAUUAAAGUUUGUUUUUUCUUCAUUUUUUAGUAAGCAAGAACCUAUAAAUGUGUUGGUUUCUACUGAAACUAUUAUUAUUCAAUAGCUGGGAAUCUAAGUGAACUGUUUUUUGUUUCAGACUUUUCUGCUAA